AUGGACACAUUGAAAGUAACAAGCAUCAAAUCACUUGCUGAAUCCCCUGCCCUCAACUCAGUUCCUUCCACAUAUGCCUUCAACAUAAACCCCAACGAAGAAGCAGAUCCAAACGAUCCUGAAUUCACAAUUCCCAUUGUUGAUAUGUCUCUUCUCACUUCGGGGUCUCCUGAUCAACGGUCAAAAAUCAUUCACAACCUCAUAAAAAUUUGUCAAGAAUGGGGCUUCUUCAUAGCCAUUAACCAUGGAGUGCCAGAGAGCCUCAUGAAGGCGAUGAUUGACGCUUGUCAUGGAUUUUUCACUCUUCCUGACAAGGAGAAGCAGGAGUUUAAAUCGGGUAACGAUGUGCUAGAGAUGUUCGAGUAUGGUACCAGCUUUAAUCCGGCCACGGAUAAAGUCCUCCUGUGGAGGGACUUCUUCAAGGUGAGAGUACAUCCAGAGUUCUACUCCCUCUACAAACCGAGUUGCUUCAGUGAGAUAUCAAGGGAGUUCAGCAAGAGAAGCCGAGAGGUUGCAUUGGAGAUAACAAGAGCAAUCUCAGAAAGCCUGGGAUUGGAGCCAAACUACAUAUACGACGCAAUGAACAUGGAUCGUGGCUUGCAAAUGCUGGCCGCCAACUACUACCCACCAUGCCCUCAGCCAGAACAUGCAAUUGGUAUACCACAUCACACUGAUCAUGGCCUAAUCACUCUCCUCAUCCAGAAUGAGAUGAAUGGCCUCCAAGUUGAGCACAACGGGAAAUGGCUCACUGUCGAUGGCCCUACCAACUGUUUCUUUGUUAACCUUGCUGACCAGAUGCAGAUUCUUACUAACGGCAAAUACAAGAGUGUGAUGCAUCGGGCCACCUUGAACAACAAAGCUACACGAAUCUCUAUCGCCAUACCACAUGGACCAUCUGUGGAUACAAUUAUUGCCCCAGCUCCAGAGUUAAUGGAAAAAGAAGGUGAAGCUCCUAAAUACCUUGCAAUGAACUAUAAGGAAUAUAUAAAACUUCAACGAAGUGGCAAGAUCUACAUGAAGUAUACCUUUGAUCACAUACGAGCCUAA